AUGAUGGAGCCGAAAAAACGACGAUUAGAAAAGGAAAAUGUGAGUUUUUCUUUUGAAAAGUUUGUGUAAAAUUAAUGCUUUCAGGUUUCUCUCGAAGAAAAUGAUGCGGAAACAGCUCAUCCAGUUUGUGAGCCCAAGUCUGCUCAAAAAUCAGAAGCCAACAAAUGGAUGAAAAUGGAGAAAGAGAAAGCGGAAGAUGUGAGAAUGCGAUAUUUGAAAGAGAUUUUCGAGAAAUAUCAAAACAUUAUUGUGACUUUUGAAUUAGAAGAUCGUGAAUUCAAAAUCGAUUGUGAAUUCAAUUUGAAACCCCUCAAGAAUCUUCAUGAAAUCAGAGAUUAUACUGGAAAAGAUUUUCUAGCGACAGGAUUUCUGGAGUUAUGUCAAAUCCACAAUGCAAAAAUAGUGAUGUUAGAAGAAACCAAAUUGAAUUUCGGGGAAAUUCUGAAAUUGACUGGAAAUUUUUGUAAAGUUCGAUGUGAUGAAUGGUGGAUUUUUGAUUGUUGUUUUGAAAGAUUUUGGGACUCGUAUUGA